CCUUCCCCCCUCGAUGGGAGCGGGGGCGUCCCGGCCGCCGCAGCCGACUGAGGAGAGAGAACCGGGGGCCGUCACUUCGGAGUUAGGGCUGAGGCGUCCUUGGGGGAGAGCGCGCCAAGACCGCUGCAGCCGCUGGCCGACGGAAGGAGAGUUUUGCUUGGAAGUGGCUUACAGAAACUUGGCACCGAGGUGCAAUGGAAGCGAGAGACUCAUUGUGCUCGCUAAGGCCGAGUGUGGAAUUUGCAAACACAUGUGGGACAUACAAGCCUUGGAUGCAGAGGUUAAGUCCAUUCACAGUAAUGGCCACGGCCUUACCCCGGACCCUGGGGGAGUUGCAGCUGUAUAGAAUAUUACAAAAAGCCAAUCUGCUUUCUUAUUUUGAUGCCUUCAUCCAACAAGGUGGCGAUGAUGUCCAGCAACUCUGUGAGGCUGGAGAAGAGGAAUUCUUGGAAAUUAUGGCACUGGUGGGCAUGGCUAGCAAGCCCCUUCAUGUUAGAAGGCUACAGAAAGCUUUGAGAGACUGGGUUACAAACCCUGGCCUUUUUAAUCAGCCACUGACAUCCCUUCCUGUCAGUAGCAUACCCAUCUAUAAAUUACCAGAGGGAUCACCAACGUGGCUGGGAAUAUCCUGUAGCAGUUAUGAAAGGAAUAGCAAUGCCCGGGAACCUCAUUUAAAAAUUCCCAAGUGUGCUGCCACCACUUGUGUGCAGAGCUUGGGACAGGGGAAAUCAGACGUGGUGGGGAGCUUAGCUCUGCAGAGUAUCAGUGAGUCCAGACUCUGGCAAGGCCACCAUGCCACUGAGAGUGAGCACAGCCUCUCCCCAGCUGACCUUGGCUCUCCUGCUUCCCCAAAAGAAAGUAGUGAGGCACUGGAUGCUGCUGCCGCACUCUCUGUAGCUGAGUGUGUGGAGCGAAUGGCCCCCACGCUGCCGAAAAGUGACUUGAAUGAAGUGAAAGAGCUGCUAAAAACCAACAAGAAGUUGGCCAAAAUGAUCGGUCACAUCUUUGAGAUGAGUGAUGAUGAUCCACACAAAGAGGAGGAAAUUCGAAAAUAUAGUGCAAUAUAUGGCAGAUUUGACUCCAAGAGAAAGGAUGGGAAACAUCUCACACUUCAUGAGCUCACUGUUAAUGAAGCGGCAGCUCAGCUCUGUGUGAAGGAUAAUGCCCUGCUGACAAGAAGGGAUGAACUUUUUGCCCUAGCUAGGCAGAUUUCUCGAGAAGUCACCUAUAAGUAUACUUACAGAACCACCAAGUCAAAAUGUGGAGAAAGAGAUGAAUUAUCACCAAAGAGAAUUAAAGUGGAGGAUGGGUUUCCAGAUUUCCAGGACUCUGUGCAAACACUCUUUCAGCAGGCUAAAGCUAAGAGUGAAGAACUUGCUGCUCUUAGUUCACAGCAGCCUGAAAAGGUGAUGGCAAAGCAGAUGGAGUUCCUUUGCACCCAAGCUGGCUAUGACAGACUGCAGCAUGCUGAAAGAAGACUGUCUGCAGGACUUUACAGGCAGAGCUCAGAAGAGCACAGCCCUAAUGGCUUGACUUCUGAUAACUCUGAUGGACAAGGAGAAAGACCUUUGAAUCUCCGAAUGCCUAAUUUACAAAACAGACAACCCCAUCAUUUUGUAGUGGAUGGGGAGCUGAGUAGACAUUACUCCAGUGAGGCAAAGUCCCACUCAUCAGAGAGCCUUGGGAUUUUAAAAGACUACCCUCACUCAGCUUUUACUUUAGAAAAGAAAGUCAUCAAAACAGAACCUGAAGAUUCAAGAUAGCUGUAAUUUUCCCAUUGUUCUCUGGAAAUGGCAUCAGAUUUAAGGAUAAUACUCCAUCAUAGAAAUAAGCCUUAAUAACCAAUGUUGCCUCAUUCAGCACAAACAGAUUUCAUAGCCAAAGCAUAAGGACUGAUAUAGUAGUCUGUGGAAACCAGGAAGACAAAACUACAGCCACAAAGGAGAAAAUUGAAAGAAUGUUGCAAUUUGUAACAGAAAUAUUGAUUCAUUCACAUUCCUGUAUAAGUUGUUUUAAGUGGAAAGGCUUACAAAAUAUUAUUGUAAGCACUCAUUAUUUAAGAGUGUACAAUGCAUUUGUGUAAUUUAUAGAAGUAAAAUCUAGAUGUUGAGACUUGAUAGGGCCAAUAGGUGUGGAUACAGUUUAUUUUACUUGAAGUUUUAUUGUCUACUAUCAGUGUGUUUUGCGUAAAUAUAUAUUAUUGUAUGUCAGAGUUUAGCAUCUUUGCAGUCAUAAAAAAGAAAGUCUAAGCGAUGUAGUUAUUGGCAAGGUUGCAAUGACUUUGGAAAAAUGGAAAGCAAAUAAUUCGAUUUAAGCCAAGGAAAAUAUUGUAGAUUGAAUAUCUGAUAAAACUGAUUUUAAGAUGAAAUAUGUCAUUUUUAACAGUUAAAUAUUACUUUUACUGGUUUAAUCAGGCACAUAGUUAAUAAAUAUUGGAGUGAAGUAAAAGAAGAUGAGCAGUGGAGUACAAAACCUUUUACCUAGUUGACCCAGCUUGCAUUAUAUGAUAGCUACUUAAGGUGUAACAGAAAAAGGAAGCUGUUACUUGGAGAGAGAACUUGAAACAAGUAGACUGAUAUGUAAAAGCCUUGACUUAAAACAUUGCUAUUUCAAGUGUGUUAUAUAGAUUAAGACAUAGUAAGUUAACCCUAAAUGUGAUAAGGAUGGUGACUGUUAACAAAGGCUGUAAGAGUAAGUACUGGUUUAUAUCCAGAAAUUAUCCUCUAGGUAUCAGAGUCAGAGAAACUAGAUAGCCCUCCCCUGGGGAUGUCUUCCCACCAAACCAUCACAAGUGUGGACAGUCAUUGCAUCCACAUUUGCAGGCAUGUUUCUAUGGAGGUUUAAUCGAUACCGAUAUUCAUUAUUUAUUUUACAGUUUCAUUUUUGUACACAUUUCAGAUUUGCGAAUGCAGUUUUUUUCCUAAAAUUCAUUUUAACUUGAAAAUAUUUUAAUUCUCCCUAUUUAAUUAAUGCAUAUAUAUGAGGUAUGCUUAAAUGUUAAUUACAUAAUUGCAUACAUAUCAGAUUUCACAUUGGAAUCUAUAGUGAAAAAACAAAUACUACUUUUACCAAUUUACAGUUUUUUCUGUUGGUUUAAGAGAAGAUGUUUGACAGCUUUGCCUACUUCCUCCAAGUUCAUCUAAACCCACAUGUUGCUGAGAAGAGGGUAUUGACUUGGAAUAUGUUUUUUUGUAUAACUGUGUAAAAAAUAUUAAGUUAUAAUCUGUUAUACUGAAAUUCAUCAGCAAAAUGUUAGAUAAAAUGUCUGCACUGUAAUCUCUGAUCACUGUCACAUAUAUAAUUGCUUUUUCAUUUUGAUUUAUAGAAUAGCUUUACAGUGGAAACACCAGUAAACAACUUUUAUACUAUUAAAAGGCUUUUUUCCCUUCCUAAAUGUUUUAAUUGUACCAGUGUUUUGCCCACUGAAGAAGCUUUUUAUGGACCUUGCAACUUUGUUGCUAGCUUGAGGUUGAAUAUUGUGGUUGUACUGUUCAUUGUGUGUAGAAAUAGUAUGAGUACGAUUUACAUAGAUUGUUCAGUUUUUAAUAUUAGCCAUAGAACUGGUUAGUAUCUCAGUAGUUUCAUGAAACGUUUCCUGUAUUCUAAUCUAUUUUGAGAAAUUUUGUGGGUUUUUUUAAAAUUGUGUCAUAUGGUUCAAGUUUGUAGAUUUUAACAAGCAACAGUUUUUAAAGAUGUGGUAAUCUUCCAACUAAUAAUUUACCUGUCUGUCAUGACCCCACGAACUGCAUCUUUAAAUCCAUAAAUAAGUUUCCUUAAGUAUCAUACUUUUCUGUUCUUUCAUGAUUAGUGAUAAGGGGAAGCACAAGAAAAAUUUCAGUAGAAUACAGUUUUUAUUUUGUAAACACUAAUGUAUUAAACUUGCUAUACCUUGAAGCAAAUAAUAUAUAUUUUUAUUUGAAUUGUAUAUAUGAAUUGGAUGUUAUAACUAGUUGAUUUUUUUUCAUUGUGUUAGAAGUAUUUUCACUAAACCAGGUCAAUUGGUUACCUCAGUAUUACAACCAAUUAUAGUCCAAGGGACCAUUUUCCCCCAACUCUCUGUUGUACUUUAUUAUGUGAAGUCUGCGUUUCUGUGACUCUUAAAGCUGUUGGUGAGGUGGGACGAGUGCACUUGCUUCCUGUGGCAAUAAAGACUUUCUGUGCCUCACA